GCUCCUCUUAGUGCAGGGAGUGAACGCGGCGGGGAGCGAACUUCCACAGGACUGGGCUGCAGAGGUGGCGAAGCGACCAACUAAGUGAUAAUGUGCACUUGAGUUAAUGCUGUGGCAAGUGAUGGUGAGGAAGAGAUGAUUACGUAAUAUCCAGUGGAGACAUAUGAGAUAGUCGUUCUGGGGACUUGAUUUCGACAUUGAAGCCUUACACCUGAAAAAUAAUGUUAGGUAAGGUGUGGAAAUGGACUGUGUGAGGUCUCAUGGUGAACAUACUACUUGGAGGUCAAACAGCUAGAGCUUAGCGGGAUGGGUGAGACCGGAGCUCCUCAUCCAUGGACCAAAGCUCUACGGACAGCAAGGGGCGUGACAGUCAAAGCUCUCCAAAAGAUCAUCAUGAAAAAGUCACAAGCAACUUUGAGACGUGGCCACAGAAAGCGCACAGCCAGCCAGGGGAGAAGGAAAAGUGCUGUUAGUAGCCGCCAGUCCAAACCUGCACCUGAUGAACUGGCCCAGCAGAAGGAAGGCGGGUUACUGCAGGCUUCUGUCUCACCGUAUCAUCUCUUCAGAGACAUGUCUGAAGUCAUAGCCUUCCGGGAGAGCCUGCUGAGCUGGUACGGCCGAGAGAAGCGGGACCUGCCAUGGAGAAGACGAGUAGAAGAGGAAACCAACUUGGAUAGGCGGGCAUAUGCUGUGUGGGUAUCAGAGGUUAUGCUGCAGCAGACCCAGGUUGCCACGGUGAUCAACUACUAUACUCGAUGGAUGCAGAAGUGGCCAACCCUGCAAGACCUGGCCAGUGCUUCCCUGGAGGAGGUGAACCAGCUUUGGUCUGGCUUGGGCUACUAUUCUCGGGGCCGACGCCUGCAAGAAGGAGCUCGGAAGGUGGUAGAGGAGCUAGGGGGCCACAUGCCACGUACAGCAGAGACCCUGCAGCAGCUCCUGCCUGGUGUGGGGCGGUACACAGCGGGAGCCAUUGCUUCCAUCGCCUUUGGCCAGGCAGCAGGUGUGGUGGAUGGCAACGUACUACGGGUACUGUGCCGUGUCCGAGCCAUCGGUGCUGAUCCCAGCAGUUCCUUGGUUUCUCACCACCUCUGGCACCUAGCUCAGCAGCUGGUGGACCCAGCUCAGCCAGGGGACUUUAAUCAAGCAGCCAUGGAGCUGGGGGCCACAGUGUGUACCCCACAGCGCCCUCUCUGCAGCCACUGCCCUGUGCAGAGCCUGUGCCGGGCACACCAGAGGGUGGAGUGGGAGCAACUCACAGACUCACAGAGUCUGCCAGGCAGUCCUGAUGUGGAGGAGUGUGCUCUCAACACUGAACAAUGCCAGUUGUGCCCACCUCCCACAAAUCCUUGGGACCCUAACCUGGGAGUGACCAACUUUCCUCGAAAAGCCAGCCGCCGGCCUCCCAGGGAGGAGUGCUCUGCCAUCUGUGUCCUGGAGCGUCCCGGAGCUGUUGGGGGUGCCCGCAUCUUGUUGGUGCAGAGGCCCAACUCAGGUCUGCUGGCAGGACUGUGGGAGUUCCCUUCCGUGGCCUCGGAGUCCUCGGAGCAGCAGCAGCACAAGGUCCUCUUGCAGGAACUGCAGAGUUGGGCUGGACCCGUCCCAGCUUCCCGCCUCCGCCACCUGGGAGAGGUGAUCCAUACCUUCUCUCAUAUCAGACUGACAUAUCAAGUAUAUGGUCUGGCCCUGGAGAGGAAGACUCCAGUGACCACUGCACCACCUGGCGCUCGCUGGCUGACCCGGGAGGAAUUUCACAAUGCAGCUGUCUCCACUGCCAUGAAAAAGGUGUUUCGUAUGUAUGAAGACCACCAGCGAGGAACCGGCAGAGAUUCGAAAAGGUCACGGGUGUCUACUCCAUCCAACCGGAAAAAGCCCAGCAAGGGCCAACAAGUGCUGGAUAGUUUCUUUGGGCCCCGUAUUCCCACAGACACACCUAACCCCAACAGUGUAGCCCAGUAAAACCUUUGGAAGUCCUCCCCACCCCCCCUCCAAGAAUCCUGUUUAAUAAAGUGUUUAUUUUUGUA